AGUCUGGCAGUUGCUGGGUUUUAAAGGAGUUAGUGGAUUUCAUGCGUUUUUAAGCAAGACCAAAGGUUUUUUCUUCUCUACUGUGUAGAAGUAUUGAAAGCACAAAAAGAUACUGUUUUAAUGUGCUUGGCCACCUUCCGAUCUCAUCGAUGGCAAUUGAGAAUGACACUACUGAAGUUUGCAGCACUCUGAAUGGAAUCUGGCCCAGGAAAUAAUGAAAAAAGUGUGCCACAACUCUUGAUAAGCGACCUGAAAUUUGAGAAGAAGUCAUUAACUAAGCUCAUGUUUUCUCCUGAUCAAGAAAAUCAUCCAUCAAAAGCACCAGUAAAAUAUGGUGAAUUGAUUGUAUUGGGGUACAAUGGGUCUCUCCCAAAUGGAGAUAGAGGAAGAAGAAAAAGUAGGUUUGCUUUAUUUAAAAGGCCCAAGGCAAACGGGGUGAAACCUAGCACUGUGCAUAUUGCCUGUACCCCUCAAGCAGCAAAGGCAAUAAGUAACAAGGACCAACACAGCAUAUCUUACACUUUGUCUCGGGCCCAGACAGUAGUAGUUGAAUAUACACAUGACAGCAACACAGAUAUGUUCCAGAUUGGUCGGUCAACAGAGAGUCCUAUAGACUUUGUUGUGACAGAUACAGUUCCUGGAAGUCAGAGCAAUUCAGAUACGCAGUCCGUGCAGAGCACUAUAUCAAGGUUUGCUUGCAGAAUCAUAUGUGAGCGGAACCCUCCUUUUACAGCGCGAAUAUAUGCUGCAGGAUUUGACUCCUCAAAAAACAUCUUUCUUGGGGAGAAAGCUGCAAAGUGGAAGACAUCAGAUGGGCAGAUGGACGGACUAACCACAAAUGGAGUUCUUGUUAUGCAUCCCCGUAAUGGAUUUACUGAAGACUCCAAGCCAGGGGUAUGGAGAGAGAUAUCUGUGUGUGGAAAUGUGUUCAGCCUCCGUGAAACCAGAUCAGCUCAGCAGAGGGGUAAAAUGGUUGAGAAUGAAACGAACCAACUCCAAGAUGGCUCUUUAAUAGACCUCUGUGGAGCGACCUUGCUGUGGCGCACUGCAGAAGGCCUUUCACGCACUCCUACUGUCAAACACCUGGAGGCACUAAGACAAGAAAUAAAUGCAGCAAGACCCCAGUGUCCUGUAGGAUUUAACACCUUGGCGUUUCCCAGCAUGAAGAGAAAAGAUGUUGUCGAUGAAAAGCAACCGUGGGUGUAUCUGAACUGUGGCCAUGUCCACGGCUAUCACAACUGGGGAAACAAAGAGGAGAGAGACGGCAAGGAUCGAGAGUGUCCCAUGUGCCGCUCUGUUGGCCCCUACGUGCCUCUGUGGCUUGGAUGUGAAGCGGGAUUUUAUGUGGAUGCAGGACCUCCAACUCAUGCAUUCAGCCCGUGCGGACAUGUGUGCUCAGAAAAGACAACUGCAUACUGGUCCCAAAUUCCCCUUCCUCAUGGUACUCACACGUUUCAUGCAGCCUGUCCGUUCUGUGCACAUCAGCUGGCUGGUGAGCAAGGUUACAUCAGACUCAUUUUCCAAGGACCUCUUGACUAACACAUGUGUUAUCAAGGACUGCAGUAACCUGAUAAGCUAAGCGAUUCUGAUUUUUCAAGUCUUUCGUAUUCUCUGGGCUUUGCUGGUUUGCAUUAAGAUGAAGAAUUUUUGGUUUUUGUUACAACAGCUAAAUCCCUCUCUAUCAAGAAAAGUCUGGAAAUUGAAAAAAUGGGGGGUUAAGGGGGGGAACUCGGGCUUCUUCAGGCAAUGACUAUUUCUGAAGAGGUGAAGGAAGUGCUGUCAAGUGAAAUUCAAUGCCUUCAGUUUAAUGGUUUUGAAUUAUAUGCCCAUGAUGUUUGAAAGUUGUUUCCUUCUUUUUGUAUAUGGAGGGUAAAUAGUUCAAAGAACAUUAGUUUACAGCUUGGAUGCAAACAUUGUAAAAUAUAACAUGUAUAUUAACUCUUUUCUAUUUAUCUUUAUUAUUGGAAGUAUCUAGAACGUUUAGAGUAGCAUGGUCAUAGUGUGUCACAUCCAACAAUUGGAUGUGUAGAGUAGUUCUGGAUGGAGACAGAUAUGAGACAGAAAUGGUGGAAAAAUCUUUUUUAAUCUAAAAUACUGAGUUCUUAGAAUAGCUAAAAUGCUUUUUAAACAAAGCUAAUGCAAGUUAUGAUGGCAUAAAGAUGUGCUUUAACUAUGUGGAAGGUAGCUAAGAAGGACUUUUUAAAAUGUCUUUUUGGUAGGACUGUACUUAAGAUCUGGGUAUGAGAAAAUAUUUACCAGACUCUUUGAAUAUGCAACUUAGUCUAGAUUAAGGAUUUGUUUUCUCCCUUCAUGCUAACACAUCUCUUUAUUUAACAUUAGUGAAAUUUAUGAGGGGUUUUUCAAUCGUAAACAUUGGCAGACCUGAAAGACAAGGCUCAUUUGUUCCUUG